AUGCACACGGGGCAGGCCACGGCUUACGGCGAGGCUACAGCCGAGGAUAUUCAGAUGGCUGCUUCUUGUUCGUUCUCAGUCGAAUUUGAAACUAUGAGUGGCGGCGUCAAGCGGAGCGAUAGCAGCACCGGAGCUCAGAUGCAGUUCAAGGUUUGUGGCCACUGGACAAAUAUAAUGUGGAUCCUCCAUAGCGUAGUUGAUCCUGCUGCAGGUGCGACAUCAGGCCAGGCGGUGAGCAAGCGGUUCGCCAUGAACGAACGGCCAACAAAGAUGAGUAUCGAAGCAGGCGGGAGCGAUGCCUUGCAGUGA